AACGAACGAAUGAAAAACUGACUGAGCUGAGCGGCGGUUCGAGCAUUGACGCGAUCAGCUAUGUUCGCACAGUGCAGGGAGAAACAUGCUCGAACGUGGAUCGGAUCGUAGCUGAUCGUGGCUGAGAUCGUUGUGAAUUGUUUGGUGUUCAGAACGCAACUAUGGAUCCGGUGUGCGAGGGAACCAAUGUCGGUGGACCAUUACCGGAAGAGCGUGUUACGAACUGUGUAAAUGAAAUGGGUGUACCAGAUCAUACUCUGUCUGACAGUGGAAUUAAUGUUAACAGCAACGUGAACGGAACGCCCAGAAGUCCCAACAGUGAUAGCAAUCAAGGAUGUGCAAACAUAAACGGUGGAAGUUCUAGUCAGAUUACCAGAUUUAAUCAUCAAAAUUGUGUGAAUAUAAAUUUAAUACAAAGUGUCCCCUCCAAUUGUAAUUUAGUGUAUGAUAAUAGUAAUAACCCGUGCUCGAAUCGUAUGCAAUAUUCUCAUAACCGAUCGGAUGAUGGUCAAAGUACCGAUCUUCUGAUUCUGACCAACAAAGCCAAACAUAGUUCCAAAGCUCAACCCUCGCCAAAAUGUGAAUCCCGAAUGCGUGAGCUGCGUCGGAAAGAACGUCGAGAGCGUCGGCGAGUUCGCAAGCGGUUGCAAUGUGUUUAUUCGAAAAAUUUUCUCCCCCAAUCAUCGUCGCCAGCUGACAGUGUCCCGGAAAUCCACCGGAACCGACUGCCACCGCCAUAUUCGGCGCUUCCGGCUGGAAAUGGAUUGCUGACGGGAUCGGGUCUUGCCGGCGAGUCGCACAUCAAUCGUCACCAUUCGUUCUCAGCGAGGAGCUCAUCUCCUAGUCAUUCGAGAAAAAGUUGCUGCAGCUUUAGUUUUCCCGGGCCAUCGCUUCGGGCACUUAUUGCCUUGGUGGCACUGAGUGGCAUUGCAUGCGCUUUUGGGGGCGCUGCACUUGGAACCUCUGGCAUUGGCAGUUCACCCAUAUCCCAUUUACUGGUUGCUUUAUUGAUGGUUGGCGUUGGUGUGACACUAAUGAUGGUCAGUGCUGCCGCUUGGCGAAUAACUUCGUCUACAGAAGCGUCCUGUUUUGGGAGUGUUUCUUCCGCACCAGAUGACAGAUUCCCAUCGAGAUACAGUAGCGAUCCCCGUGACGGGCCGACACAGGAAUUCUUGUAUCAGGAGUUUCAGCAUCGGGCCCCACCGCCAUCCUAUCAAGCCAGUACCCGCGAAAAUAACCAAAGAUAAAAUGGAUCUCCACGAAAUCGUGUAUCAAUCAACUGAUUAUUUUUUUUGAACAAUAAUGAUUUCGAUAAUCUCAGCAAAUUGAAGCGUUUGGAUUAGUGAUAUGUGACUGACUGAUUAGUGCUUACAAUAAAAUAUGUUAGUGAUUUUUAUUUA